GGGAGAAAACUAUACAGCAAUAAAACCAAAGUAAUAAAAUAUACGUACUACAUUAGCCCAAUUCAGAAAUGGAUAAGCUUGAUCAUUAUUCCAUCUUGGGCAUCUCGCGAUCUGCAAACAAGGAUAUGAUUCGCCAGGCAUACAAGGUGAAGGCACUUGAGUUGCAUCCGGACAAGAAUCCCGACGGUGAAGAUAUUUUCAAACUAGUCUCGAAUGCAUAUCAAAUAUUAACCGAUCCCUCUAAGCGAUCGGCUUAUGACAGCGAAUUGUUGCGCCGUGAGUAUCGUUCAGGUAUGUCAACGCGUCCGCCCUUCAGUAAACCUUCGAGAUCUCCCGGUGCAGCGAGCAGUAGUUCACCUCACAAUGCAGGAUCUCCUCGCAAGCCCCGUUUUCCUACAGAAGAGGAGCUAUUUAAGGAUAUUUAUGAACAGUACAAGAAAAGUGCGUAUACUGCUCGUGGCAAUGCGCGUGGCUGUGGCUUUCACACUUCUGGUAUGUCGGCAGAGGGGUCAUUCGCGGAGUGGUUUAAGAAAAAGCAAGAGGAGCUUCGAUGUGCGGAAGAAAUCACUAAGGCGAAAGCAGAAUACGCCAAGAACUUAGAGCGCGAAGAGCAAAAGCGUGCGGAAGAAUGGCGUGAGAUGCAGCGGCAGCGUGAAAAAGAGCGCGAGGAAGAGCUGGCACAUGCUCGUGCGAAAAGAGUUGCUGAAGAGGAAGCGUUGCGUCGGGCUAAGGCUGAUGAACUGAACUCAUUGAGAGCAGCGGCCCAUCAACAGAAAAUGGAAGAGUUUGCGAGGGUUCAGAAAGCACAACAAGUGGAGAUGGAGCGCCACUUGCGUGAGCUUGCCGAGCAGAAGCAACAACUUGAAGAAGAGCGUCGCAAAAUGGCGGACGAACGAGAGAGGGCGGCCCAAGUGGUCGAAAAUCAUCGCAGCAAUCGUUUUGUUCUCCAAAAGCAACGUGAGGAGGCGCUUCUGCGGGCUGUGCGCGAGGCAGAUGAAAAGCUGCGAGAGGCUCGAGAGCAAAAGACUUAUCAUGAAGCGCAGCAAAAACUUAAGGAGUUAGAGCGGUUGAAUGAAGAAAAGUUGCGGCGAGAAGAGGAGGAAAGGCAACGGGAGGAGUAUGAGAAAGAGGAAGCCAUGCGCAAGAAGUUUGAAGAGCAAGACGAUUUAGCUCGUCGCCGUGCUUCAAAUGAUCUUAAUGAGCAGCGUAAGCGUGUGAUCGGCCUUAUGAUGGAGGAGAGGAGACACCAAAUGGAGGAUGUCGCUGCGAUGCGUCGCGAGACGGAUCGGAUUGAGGCGGAGAUGCGCGCCAAGUUGGAUGCGUUGAGAGAAGCCAAAAAGGCUGGUCAACCUAUAAAUUUAGAUGAAUGGAAGUUGUAAUGCCUGGAUAGAGAAUGCAAGGCUACUUUAUGGGUUUGAACCUCUAGAUUCCUUGCUUACAGUUGUGUCAGUCGCUCCUGGUCAAAGUUAUUUAUUGAUUUGUAUCUUAACCGACAAUGUAAAUUUUUACCUUUUCACCCGUUAAGAACCAGAUUAUCCAUUUGGUUUAAACAAAUAUUUUUUAUUGCUUGAUAUAUUCACAAAUAUGAAACUGUGUAUGAUAAACUAAAA